AUUGAUCCCUGAUAAUUAACGACCGCUGGGUGAUUUAAAUGGGCAGAUGGACGCGCAGGCAAAGUGGUCAAAGUUAAAGUGGUCCCUGGGCGAUACAGGAACACGCUCACGCCUACACACGCGCGCACCUACCUACACUUCACCACACAUACGCACACACUCGCUCUCGCACACAUACACACACGUGACGCGCGCGCGGCAGCUCUGUGCCUGGAGACCGUGAUUUCAACGUGCUCGCUAUUCAAGUCAUGGACUGCAGCGAGCGGGGGAACCAUUAGGAGCCGGUGGCAGAAAAAAAACCCCGCUUUAUUUGCAACACACGGAUGCUGCUGCUGCCACACCACCCGGAUCGGACACACUCUCCCUGACAAGCGGAAUUAUUACUAAUAGCUGCGCUUAUGUAAUCAAUACACCGGAUUGCUGUGGGGGGGGUAAAAUAGCAUCCCGUGGAUUCUUCCCAUUCUACUUGAUAGAAAAUACUGUAUGCCAUAUGCUCUGCGAUUUUUAGAGCAGCCUAUGGCAACCUAUUUGUCCUGAUGCGACGCGUGUGAUGGUUGCAGUGGGACGGAUACCCUUAAUUUUAUCCAAUAGGCGUUCUCAGGGUUUUUUUUGUAGGACGCUUCUGCACCCCUUUCUGCGCUGACCUUAUCAACAAUGCUUUAAAUAGGUAAUUCAUUGUCAAGUCCGUCCACUGAUCUUAUCCAUUUGUUUUGGGGAUGAUCGGCGUGAAAACCAGCCUGACUGCUACAUCCAAAAAUUAUUAGUCCACUUUGGUUGUAUUUCUUUCUUAUUUUUUUUUUUGUUGGUGGAAUUUGAUUUAGCGAUUUGUCAAAGAGGAAAACCACCGGUGGGAGUCAAUUUUUUGGACUGUGACUGGUUUUAGGGGGGACAUAAGGGCCUAUACAGACUUGAUCCCCCAUCAAAAACUCUGCAGGAUUUCCUCCUCCUCGGUCCAGAGGAAUAUCUUCAAGUCCAGGGGGGUUGCUGCUACUGGUCCUCAGAGGGGGCUUUUCAUCGGCGCUCAUUACAUCCGAGGGAAUGGUGGCCGCACCGCAGAUCCACGCAACUCUUUCUGAAUGUUUGGCAUUUUUCGCAGGCGAGCAUCUUGACUUGUGAUCGAGAGAGACGCGGACUGCAGCAGCCUCCGAUCCCUUUCACAUGGAGAUUUGUGCCUCGCUCGUGCUGCACAUCUUGAAAACGGGGACCGGGGCCCUGCUGGUUUUUCCUCCACUGCUCUCAACCUCGAUUUCAUUUAUUCGAGAAAAUGCAGAACACAAACAGCAGAUGAACUAUGAAUGCUGAACAAAAUGAUCUCCUCCCUCCAGCGCCAGACAAUGAGAGGUCGUAGGCUGAAGGGGGCGCUGUCCAACCCCCUCUUUGUGCUGCUUUUGGCCCUCCAGAUCCUGGUGGUGGCUGGGCUGGUUCGUGCUCAGACCUGUCCUUCUGUCUGCUCAUGCAGCAACCAGUUCAGCAAAGUCAUAUGCACCCGCCGCAGUCUACGGGACGUCCCCGAUGGCAUUUCCACCAACACUCGCUACCUGAACCUCCAGGACAACCUCAUCCAGGUCAUCAAGGUGGACAGUUUCAAACAUCUGCGCCAUCUGGAGAUCCUGCAGCUGAGCAAAAAUCACAUCCGCAGCAUUGAAAUUGGCGCCUUCAAUGGACUGGCCAGUCUCAACACUUUGGAGCUCUUUGAUAAUCGGCUCACGACAAUCCCCAAUGGAGCAUUCGAGUACUUGUCCAAGCUGAAGGAAUUGUGGCUACGGAACAACCCCAUCGAAAGUAUACCAUCUUAUGCCUUCAACCGGGUCCCCUCGCUUCGAAGGCUGGAUCUAGGUGAGCUCAAACGUCUGUCCUACAUUUCUGACGGCGCCUUCAAGGACUUGAGCAACCUGCGCUACCUGAACCUGGGAAUGUGCAACCUCAAGGAGAUCCCCAACAUCUUACCUUUGGUGAGGCUUGAAGAGCUAGAAAUGUCAGGAAACCAGCUCUCUGUUGUCAAGCCCAGCUCAUUUUUAGGAUUGGUGAACCUCCAGAAGCUGUGGAUGAUGCAUGCCCAGAUCCAAACCAUUGAGAGGAAUUCCUUUGAUGACCUUCAGUCUCUUGUGGAGCUCAACCUGGCUCACAACAACCUUACCUUUCUACCACAUGACCUCUUCACACCGUUACAUCGCCUGGAGCGGGUCCACCUCCAUCACAACCCUUGGAACUGCAACUGUGAUAUCUUGUGGCUCAGCUGGUGGCUGAAGGAGACAGUACCCGCCAAUACUAGCUGCUGCGCUCGCUGCCAUUCUCCUGCAGUCUUUAAAGGUCGCUACAUUGGAGAAUUGGAUCACAGCUACUUCCAGUGUGAUGUCCCUGUCAUUGUGGAGCCACCCAGUGACUUGAAUGUGACGGAAGGCAUGGGUGCAGAGCUUAAAUGUCGUACAAGCUCGCUGACAUCCAUCAGCUGGCUUACACCAAACGGCUCGUUGGUGACACAUGGGGCUUAUAAGGUGCGUUUGUCUGUACUCAAUGAUGGGACACUGAACUUUACUAGCGUCACAAUGCAGGACACUGGAACUUACACCUGUAUGGUGAGUAACACAGCAGGCAACAUUUCUGCCUCUGCUGUGCUUAACGUCACUUCUGUGGAAAACAGCGGGGUGACCUAUUUUACCACAGUCACUGUGGAGACCAUUGAGACCCCGGGGGAUGACAGCCAAACGCCACUUCCCCCAUUUGGCUGGGUGUCAUCCUCUACAACAAAAGGUACUCCUGUUUCAACAAGGACCACAGAGCGGACUUACACAAUUCCAGUUCUUGAUCUGGAUGGAGAGGGAGCCCUCAAUGGCCUGGAUGAGGUGAUGAAAACCACCAAGAUUAUCAUUGGCUGCUUCGUGGCCAUCACGCUCAUGGCUGCUGUUCUGCUGGUUAUUUUCUACAAGAUGAGGAAGCAGCAUAACCAGCAGGACCCCGAUGGCCCUGCCUCCUCCAUGGAGGUCAUCACAGUUGAAGAAGAGCUCGCAGGCGUCGCUGCCAUGGAGAGACAUCUCUCGCUGCCCCCUCUGGAGCACUACAACCACUACAACACCUACAAGAGCACUUACCACCACGCUCCCAUGCUCAGUACCAUACACAGCUCAGCCACACAGGAACCUUUACUGAUUCAAGCCUGCUCAAAAGACAAUGUACAAGAGACCCAAAUCUGAUCUUGAAUUUGACUAAAUAUCCAGUAUCAGCAGUUUCAUACUUGGAGUACAAUGGACCAAAAGGUGUCGAUAAAAGAAGUCAAAAUGACAUUGACUUGAGUUGAUGUCGAUAACGGCGAUAAAUCAGCAUUUGGCAAAGGGACGACAUAUGAUACUUUAACAAGUGUCUUUACAAAAACAAAGAUUAUUUAUUAAAAGUAUGUCUAGUGGCUAAAUGAAGAAAAACAAUUUGUGAUAGCUUUUUAGCUCAUUUUAUUUCUCUCUCUCUCUCUCUCUCUCUCUCUCUCUGUGUAAUACUGCACAAGGGAAAGAAUGGUUUACUAAGAGUGAAUACGGAAAUGCAGCUCAUGUGAAAACACUGUAGGAAUUGGCCUUAAACUAAAAUUAAUGCAAUGCCAUUAAGUUAAUACUUUAUAUUUACCUGACAAUAACAUGUUUUGUUGAAGGGCACUGCUUUAGUAUAUAUAAACAUUUAUAGGCAUGUUCAGCAUACCAUGUCUGAUUCGCCGGGGGUUUAUAAGUGACAAAACGUAAAAUGGGUUUGUUUUCAUUGCCAUCAUAUUCUAGCUGUCACUCAACACAAAAUGAGAUCUUUUAAUGACACAGCUCUGGAUGAUAUCACAGUGAAACCAGCAUGCCUGAGGAGCAAAGCAGCCAAAUGAGUAACUGUGCAUUUCCCCUGUGGCUCCUAAACAACAGCCAUACAUCCUUCACUUUAAUUAAGAUUAACUUCCUGCUCCCACUCCUCCUCAUCCUACCUUUUCCUUACACUUCAACCUUUACUACUCCUCCUACUCCUCCUCUCUCCGUCUAUCUCCGAGUUCUCCAUCUUCUCUGUCUACCCUCUCUCUCCUCCCUCCCCGCUCUCCUGUCCUCCACGUCCUCUUGCUUCUUUUAGAUUGUCUCUCCGUCACUUAGCUCAGGCACGUUCCUCACCCCUCGCCAUGUCUCAUUUGUCUCGCUUUAUCCGCCAGCAUGUGCCGCGCAACGGCAGAAUAUUGCUUGGGAAAAUGAAGGGGAGCAUAAGGCUGCGGUCUGUAGCCUCCCUGUUAACCUAGUAAUGAUCUACGUCCACUCACUGUCGCGUUACCUUGCCAUCACCCCAGGGUCACACGAGCUCGGGCGCGGAUAGUCCAUCUGUUACACAGAUAAAGAGGCAAAUGAGGCUGCUUUGUAAUAUAGUGUGACCCUGUCAGACAAACGCAGACGGGGCUAACAUAGUCAGUGAAGCAGCUAGGAACCUGCAACAAAAUAAGAGGAGAUGGGUUAUAGCUCAUUAAUCUGUAUCAGCAGUUCAUUUGCAGACAAACAGAGGAAAGCUGAUAACAAAACAGCAAGAGACUUUUCCACUCUCCCUGUGCCCAACAUCUAACAGGGGGUAGAGGCCUUUGAUAUUGAAGCGACCCCUGCUCGGUCUCAUUUUUGUCAGAGAAAAACACACACACUUUGAUGUUGCAUCAUUUAUAGACCAUCAAAACAUUGUCUCUCUUGUAGUCUGUUUACACUUUGCUUUUUCAUUUAGUCUUUCAAAGAGGAAGGCUUAAGGAACAGGGAGGUAGGGAUGAAAAGUGAAGAACAGUGGGUGGGGUGGGAGGGGGAGCCAGACCCACGACGGUCAUGAGGGGUCUUCAAACAGAUAUAUUGCAGAUAUGAAGGGGAGAGGAGUGAAAAAAAAGAUAAGGAAUAAGGAGGCAAAACUAGCCAUCAGACUGUCGCCAUGGAAACAGUGACCUUGUGCAGAAAGUAAGAAGAGGUAGAUAUGCCUUGCAGCCUUUCGCUUUGGUCUCUGUGCAACAAGCAUAUUCUAAUUUCCCACCGGCGAUUCCACAAAUGCGGCAGAUUAUCAGCAGAAGUGGCAGAAAUGAAAUGUGCAUUUACAAAUGCUUUUGACGGGAUUCGAGCGGCACAUGACGUCACCUUUGCACAGCAUCGCGCCGUUUUCAGUUAUUUAAAUAAAAUGAGUCAUCGCAUGAUGUGAACAUGUUAACAUAAAUGUCCAGCAGCUCUGCUCGCCUUAUUGAUUUUCAUCUCAUUGAAGACAGCUACCACAGCAUAUAAGCAUAAUAAAGCACCAUCACUCACAUGAAAUGUCCCGAUCAGCCAACCUCCUACAGUUUUCUUUCUCUUUAUACAAUAAGGGUUCAAUGGUGGGAAGAAGGUGGAAGCGAAACACACAUUUAAAGAUGGGUCAUGUCAGAUGAAACUUUUCGUGCAGCAGAAACCUAUUCAUUUUCAGUCUUUCACAGAGUGUUUUGAAUGACGAGAAUAGUACAGUCAACAGUAACGUCAUACAGUGAACCAUUCUUUCCCUUUCCACUGUUUUCUUUUUCACUGCUCAAUUACUUUUCAAUGCUUUUGGUGGCUUAAUGAUUCAAUGUUGACGCUGGCUACAGUGAAAAAAAAAAGGUUGAGAUUUUUAUAUAUAUAUAAAUAUAUAUAUAUAUAUUGGGGGACGAAGGUUGUGAGUUAUUCGGAAUGAAUGGAAUAUCUCUGUAUUGGUAUUUGCUCGAGCAGGAUGGCUCUAUGUGGAGAGAUAUUUGAAUGCCAGAAUGAAAUUAAGACUGACCUGCAGAAUGUUGGACUUGAAAUACCAGCAGAGUGAGCUUGAUUUUUGUGCUAAACCCCAAGCCAAGGUGAUCCAAUUCUUGUGUGUUAUUCUGCCAACUGUCUAUGUACGGGGGAGGGUUACUGUAUGUGGGAAUAUUCUCUCUCAUUUUCGGAGAGAAUAAUCAUCAAAUGGGUAAAUUUCUACAAAAAGAAAAAAAAAUAUUUUCAAAAACAUAAUGCAAAAAAAAAAAAAUCUUCAGAUCAUAAUUUUACAUGUGCUUCAAUUGUUAAAAAAAAGACAAAAAAGCAAAACAAAAACAAGAAAAAAAAAGAAAAAAAACAAGAGACUGUGCUUGUCAGGAGUCCAACUAAUUUCUCUGAGGAUGAUGUUCAAUUAUUGAUACCUGAGAUUGUAGUUCAUACUGUACAUGAAUACAAAUAAAAAUUGCAAUUCUUUUUUUUCCCAA